CCACCACCCAUUCGCCGAAACAUGCAACGCAAUCGAGCCGUGAUGCAGCGCUACGAAAUCAUAGUCAUUUGAUUUGCCAUGGAAAUAGCGAAAUACUAUGCUCAGCUACCUUACGAAUUAUCCGGGCCAAAUGUCAGUUUUGCCCUCGGACCUCCAGCGCCCCCUAUAAGAACACACACACUGACUAGCAGAGUCACCAAUCACCAACAGCAGUCCCCUUCCUUCCUUCUCCUAUUGAUCCUUAAGAAGCAUCGUUCGUUGGUCCCGAAGAAAGAGAUGGAGGUGAAGAAGAGAGCGGCAGCCAUUGCCGCCCUGUGCAUCAUGCUCCUCCUCGUGCUGCCGUCCGGGCAGCGGCAGCAGGUGUCCGCCGUGUCCGACUUCUGCAAGUGCUUCAACGACUGCUACCCUGGGUGCAGGAGCCCCGGCGUGCCGCGCUGGCUCUGCAUCCCGUUCUGCGCCAACAAGUGCAGCCCCAACACCAACCAGGCCGGCGACGGUGUCGGCUCUGCGGCUGCCACAUGCAGGAUGGCCUGCAAGAUACACAUCUGCGACUAUUCAGAGGGGCCAGCCGAUGCAGCUGACGCCGACCUCUGCAUGCAGAACUGCAACAAGAUGAAGAUAUGGAGCCACAAGGCCCAUAAUUAGCUUCCAAGCUGCUCUAGAGGAGAAAAGGAUUUUAAGAGCUAGCUUGUCGGUCAUGGGAUCGUAUAUAUACGAUGUUGAACUGCUGUGAUUGUGGCAGCUACCAAUAAAAUGAGUUUCUGUGUCUGUCAUGUCAUCUAUACUAUUAAAUGCAGAGGCAUAUCAAUAUUAAUUUUAA